AUGCACAAUAAGCAGCUGCAAGGUAGAAAGCCUCUAAUAUGGAGACUGGUGCUUGCCAUCUUUCUAGUCCUCAAGAUUUUAGUCAUAUGCACUUACUCAUUCUUGGAAUCAUUGGUGAAAUUCUUUAUUCCGAAAAGGAGAAAAUCUGUUUGUGGAGAGAUUGUUCUGAUCACCGGUGCUGCCCGUGGGCUUGGAAGAGCAACAGCCCAUGAGUUUGCCAAACGCCAAAGCAAGCUGGUUCUUUGGGAUAUCAACAAGGAAGGUGUUGAGGAAACAGCUGAGGAAUGCAGAAAGCUGGGUGCCAUUGCACAUGCUUUUGUCAUGGACUGCAGGAACAGGACGGAAAUCUACAGUGUUGCAGAUAAAGUGAAAAAAGAAAUUGGGGAUGUGAGCAUCUUGAUAAAUAAUGCUGCAACAACAAAAGAAGCAGUACUGUGUUCAACCAAGGAUGAGCUGAUCCAGAACAUGUUCGACAUUAACGUUCUUGCUCAUAUCUGGACAGUUAAAACAUUCCUGACACCAAUGAUUAAAAACAAUCACGGACAUAUUGUCACGGUUGCUUCAUUCGCUGGGCAUUUAGGCAUUCCAUACAUGGUUUGCUACAGUUCAAGCAAGUGGAGUGCUGUUGGAUUUCACGAGAGUCUGACAGAGGAGCUGAGCUUGUUGAAAAUGGAUGGGAUUGAAACAACAUGCAUGUGCCCAGUUUUUAUGAACACUGACUCUGUAAAACUUAAGGCAAUCUGCCCUUUCGUAGAGGUGGAAGACGCAGCCAAAGCAUUAAUAGAAGGAAUACUUACUAACCAGAAAAUGAUUUUCGUUCCACGGUGGACCAAAUUUCACCAACUUAUAAAGUGUUUGCCAGAACGUGCUUACCAUGCUGUCAUGAAUGCCACCAUGUUUUACAUUAUUUAA